AUGGCCUUCCUGGACCCUAUAUUAAAGACUUUUUGCACAAACUGGGUCUGGAUGGUGCGUAAGAGUACGCUCAAUACAGGACUCAACCGUCUGUUAGCGGGCUUCGAUGAUAAGGGUGCCACAGCCAUCUGCACGUUUGCGUACUGUGAGGGUCCGGGCUUUGAGCCGGUUCUGUUCGAGGGUAAGACGCUCGGGCACAUUGUCCCUCCUCGCGGACCCACGGACUUUGGCUGGGACCCUGUCUUUGAGGUCGAUGGUCAUGGCAAAACGUGCGUAGAGCUCACUAACGUUAGCUUUGCAGAAAUGGAUAAAUCUGAGAAGAAUGCUGUGUCUCAUCGCUUCCGUGCACUCAGCCAGUUCCAGAGCUUCCUUAACUCUAAGUAA